GUGUCGCCUCGCGGUCUCGUCUUCGCUUUCAAGAACAGCAUAGAAGAAACACGAAGGCUGAAGGGACUGAGAGAGAAAAGGGAAAGAGAAAGUGGAGAGAAAGUGUGGGUUUUUGGGAGUGGGUGAGAAAAUUAGGGUUCUUGGAGGCUGAUUGAAUAUUUCUAUCUCCGUGCUUUGUAAUUAUUUUGACUUUUUUUGUUGUUUUUUAUUUUAUUUUUCUGUGGAGAUGUAUAUAGCUUCCAUGCGAAAGUCAUUCAAGGACUCUCUGAAAGUGCUCGAAGCUGAUAUUCAGCAUGCAAAUACACUGGCCUCCGAUUAUCCAAGGGAGUAUGAUGGUGCUUGUCUUCAGAUGAGAAUGUCAUACAGUCCAGCUGCUCACCUCUUCCUUUUUCUGGUGCAAUGGACUGACUGCAACCUCGCAGGAGCCCUUGGGCUGUUAAGAAUUUUAAUUUACAAGGUUUAUGUGGAUGGCUCAACAACCAUCAUGUCUACCAAGGAAAGGAAAGCAAGCAUCAGAGAGUUCUAUGCUGUUAUUUAUCCCUCGUUGUUGCAACUUCAGAGAGGUGUCACUGACAGUGAAGAUAAAAAGCAGAAGGCAGUAUGCAUGGAAAGGUAUCGAAAAAGAGAUGAUGAGGAAAAUCGACAGUGUUCUGAUAUAGACAUUGAAAGAGAGGAGGAAUGCGGUAUAUGCAUGGAGACAAAUAGUAAAAUUGUAUUGCCUAACUGUAACCAUGCUAUGUGCCUGAAAUGUUACCGUGAUUGGCGAACAAGAUCUCAGUCAUGCCCUUUCUGCCGUGACCAUCUUAAGAGAGUGAACUCGGGUGAUCUCUGGGUAUACACUGACAGCAGGGACAUAGUGGACAUGGAAACAGUGAUGAGGGAGAACCUUAGGAGGCUUUUCAUGUAUAUAGAUAAGUUGCCUUUAGUUACACCGGAUAACCCCUUUGACCCUUAUGACUCCCACCUAAGGUGAUUGAAUCAUAGUCCAAAACCACAAUCUCCAGUGGCGAUUUAAUGAAUUAGUUUCUUUUCCUUUGAUUACAUAAGGACCGAAAAUUCAUUCGGUGGGUUUAAAGUCGGUAUCUUCCCACUCCUGUUCAGAAGACCUCGCCUGAGUUAUUUUGUGCUGGCGGGUGAAGUUGAGGAGUGUAUAAAAUUGUAUGUAGUACAUUUGUAAAUGCUUGUACAGCUUUGAAGUUGGCUUAGUCUUUUUAAUAUACAAAUCCCCUCCUUGUUGCUGAGAA